UCCACUGCAGUAAAGCUCAGUAAAGCUGUAGGCUAAGGGCUGUAGCAGGCAGCUGCUGAUAUGUUGGUGUGGUCGAAGUAGCCGAAGCUUAUAUAUCUUGCCUACAUCUAACAUAUACUAACUGACUAGCUAGCUUUACAUUAUCUAUAUUUUCUAAGGGAGCUAUCAAACCAAACUGAGAUCGAAAGUAGCUACAAUUGGUACAUUUUCGGAAUGACCAUUUCCUGUCAUUUUGAUAGGCAUUUCCUGUUGCGAAAUAGCUAGGUAGCGGUUCGUGGCAGUAAGCUAGCUGACGUUGGCUAAUUGGUAGCCUAGCUGGCUAGAUGAUGAAUUGUAGCAUACUUGGAAAUAAUCAUUAUUUGCUGAACGACAUUGAAUAUGGAAGGAUCGUGUAAUAUUGGCACGUUUUACCGGGGAUAUAUUACAACGGACAUAAUUUUUACAGGAUAACCUUAGCUACAUGAAAUGUCAUAACGUUAAGAUAGCCGCGGAGAUGGAGGGACCCACAACCCCCUGAAUAGCUGCACUGAUGGAGAAAUGUCCUCCUCCAAGAUGAGCAAGUCGAAUACUGCACAAGGUUUAGCGGAAUUAUAAUUAGCGUCUAUCUUAUCUCUAUAGCUAUAUUAGUCUGUCAAGCAAAUGGGAGACUGGUUAUUCGGUCAUAGCUCAUAAUUGACAGCUAACGUUAGCUGCUGGUGAAGAAAUCACUGCUGUUUUUGGCAUCUGCAAACAACAAGACUGGCUUUGUCAGACAAACCUUAGGCCUUGUCCAGAAAACAAAGUUCAUUUGUGAAACUGACAUCGCUGGAAAUAAGGACAUUUGAGCUUUCUGCAUCGUCAUUUGAGCAUUCUGCAUCGUUUUGAUUGAAGUGAGGAUAAUAUUUCCUCAUCAUCUGACUGAUAGUUAUCAUGAGGAAGUUCUUUGAUUCAUCUCGUCGGGAGUUGGUCAGUUCAGGACCUGGUUCUGGAGGAGGUAGCAGUGGAUCCAGCCAUGUAGGUGGCAAUUUAAUUGGACGUUCAUGUACCAUAGGGCGGCACCAAGUCACUAUUGAAGAAACAGUGGCCGAAGGGGGUUUUGCCAUCGUGUUCCUGGUACGAACCAGCCAAGGACUCCGCUGUGCCCUCAAGAGGAUGUAUGUCAACAAUGAGCACGACCUGCAGGUGUGCAAGCGAGAGAUCCAGAUCAUGAAGGACCUGGUCGGCCAUAAGAACAUCGUUGGCUAUCUGGACUCUAGUAUCACCACUUGUGGAGGAGGAGAUGUGUGGGAAGUGCUCAUCCUCAUGGACUACUGUAAAGGGGGCCAGGUGGUGAACCUGAUGAACCAACGUCUGCAGACAGGCUUCACAGAGGCAGAGGUGCUGCAGAUCUUCUGUGACACAUGUGACGCCGUGUCUCGACUGCACCAGGGCAAGACACCCAUCAUCCACAGGGACCUCAAGGUGGAGAACAUCCUGUUACAUGAUAAAGGCCACUAUGUGCUGUGUGACUUUGGCAGCGCUACCAAUAAGUUCCAGAACCCACAGAUUGAAGGAGUGCCAAUAGUCGAUGAUGAAAUAAAAAAGUACACCACUCUGUCAUAUCGUGCCCCUGAGAUGGUAAACCUCUACAAUAGCAAGAUUAUCACUACUAAAGCUGACAUAUGGGCGAUGGGCUGUUUGCUGUAUAAGCUGUGCUACUUCACUCUACCCUUCGGGGAGAGUCAGGUGGCCAUCUGUGAUGCCAGCUUCACCAUUCCUGACAAUUCCCGCUACUCCUACAACCUGCACUGCCUCAUCCGGUACAUGCUGGAGCCCGACCCUGACAAAAGGCCUGACAUCUACCAGGUGUCCUACUUUGCUUUUAAAUUGGCUCGUCGGGACUGCCCUGUUCAGAAUGUGAAGAACUCUCCAAUUCCUGCUCAACUCCCUGAGCCAAUCAAAGCCAGUGAGGCAGCUGCAGCGAAGAAGAGCCAGAGCCAGACACAGAGUAAGGCCAGGUUGACAGAUCCUGUCCCCACCACUGAGACCUCCAUCACGCCACGGCAGAGGCCCAAAGCUGGCCAUGCCCAGCCCAGCACUGGCAUCCUGCCAAUUCAACCGGCUGCCCUCACCCCUCGCAAACGGGCCAAUCUCCCUGCCCUUCCUCUCGGAGUCAACUUAAACCUUGCCCAGCAAGCGGCAGCCCUCCAAUCACAGAAGGCACAGAUCACAGCUCCGCCUCAGCCAGUGACCGGCCGUUCACAGAACCCUCCUAGUCAGGCCACACUUCAGCUGGGUGGAAAGCCCCAAGCUGGUGCUCAGCAGAAGCAGCCAGGGCAACUGCAGCAGCAGCCAAUCGCGGCAGCAGUCACCGCAGCAGGGGGAGGAGUCCCACCUGUGCAGGCCAAGACGGAGGCCCCGAGCGCCCCACUACAGGCCGUGCCUCCCUCGCUGGCCAGUCCCACCCCCCAGAAGGCCCAGGUCCCGUCUAGCCCAGCCCCACCCAAAGCCCCAGCACGUCGUAAGCAGGCCGGCCAGAGCCAGACCCAGCAGCAGCCAACCGCUCAGCCCACUCCAGUCCAACCUCCAGCUGCACAGCAGCCUACAGCUCAGCAGCAACCAGUUCCUCUACAACCAGUGGCCCAGCAGCCACCUGUCCAGGCCCAGUCCAUCCCUGCUAAAACCAGUCAGAACACAGCUGAGACAGAGACGACUUCUCUUCCUGCUCCGUCCAAGACUCCGCCCCACUCUCCAAAGGCUGCAGAGCACACCCCGAGUGACUUUACCCAGAAUUCGGUCGGUGGGCUACCUGGAAGUCACUCCACCCAGCCACUGCAAGAGGCCACAGCAGAAGAUGGCCUCAACCAGUUAAUAUCUGUUGGUACAAUUCCACCCAAUUCUACCCAGUCCCUUCAGCAGAGUAUGUGUGAACCAGCCCAGGAUGGCAACUUUGCUGCCUUUUCCCCUUCCCCUGCCUCUGCCCCUGGCCCUCCCAUCGGCUCCCUCAGUCAGCCCACCUGGAACCCUUUUGGUGAUGAUGACUUCUCCAAUCUCAGUGCGGAGCAUCUGAUUAACAAAGACUUGGUUGACGAACAGGCUGAUGACGUGUCUGCAGAGGUGGAAACGGCCCCCAUAGAGGACCUGAUACCUGGCCUGCUGGAGGUCUCCUCCCCUGGGGAAACAGCCCACCAACCUGCUGUAGAGCAAUCUGAAGACCUCCUUGGCCUGGAUACAGGAGAGUCUUUGACUGUUCCGGUCCCGUUCAGCAUCCUAGCACUCUCAGACACUCCAGAGAAGCUUAUUGAGGGACUGAAGUCCCCAGAUACACACCUCCUGCUCCCUGACCUCCUGUCCAUGGCUGAUCCUUUUAGUGGAACUAUGGAGGAGGCUGUCAAUGUAGUGGGUCCAAUAGAGGAGUCUCUGGUGAGUCUGGACUUUCUCAUCCCUGGUCUGGAAGCUCCUGUGUCCCAGUCUGAGACAGACUCUGCACUGCUUCCUGACCCCCUGCUUGGGGAAGACACUCUGCUGGGCUGCUCUCUCAUCUCUCCCCCCUCUGGAGCCUCCUCUCUCUCCUCUGUUCCCGCUUCCACUGGCACUGGGUCUGUUCUGGAUGAGUUUGACCUGGUAUCUGCGAGUUGCACCCAGCUGCUGGCAGACUCCUCUGAUCUCCUGAUCUCAGGCUUUGAGCCUGUGCCAAGUGCAGAUACGGGCAACGAGGAUGAGUUUGACCCCAUCCCUGUCAUGGGCUCCAAAACCUCCUCUCAAGACCUGCAGAGGGAACCUAGCAGCUGUGAGACACUACCAGGUUCCUCCAGGACCGACAGCUCUGGACCAGCUGUUGAAGAGGAGCACAAACAGAGACUUCCCUUUGCCCACAGCAGCAUCAUUCCCCCCUCACUGUACCCAGAUGAGACAAACUCCCACCCGUUGCUUUCUAAGUCCUCUGACCAGCCAAUCAAGCCUGGCCAGAAACAGUCCCAGUGUCUCUCACCUACACAGCAGCACACAGUCCCCUCCCCUGAUAUCUUCCUGCAGGCCCCUUUCAGGAUUGCAGGGAAAGAAGGGAGAGAUGUGUUUACCAACUCUCCUUUCCCUCUGGCCCACAAGCCUGCUCUGCCAUCUGAUCCUUUCCUCCAGGCCCCCUUUGGGAAGAGGAAUGAGAUAGCUGGGGCUGCUGUCACUGUCUCCCACCCUCCACAGCCCAACAAACAGCCCUUCUGCCAGGUCCAGCCAAACACCCACCAUCCCCAUAGUCUUUUACAUCCCAGUGUCCAGGGGAAGGUCCUGUUCACACCUGUUGCUGCCCCUAGGCCCAUCAUCUGGCAGGCCCAGCCCAGGUACUCCCGGUGCUCAGAGGUCCCCCUACCCCAGCAGCCUGUCGCAGCCCACCGAGUGGUCUCCAGUGUGGGGCAGCAGGCUGCUGUGGGCUCGGUGGCUGUGGGCCCCCUGCACUCCUGGACCAUUGGAGGCAGAGCUAUAGUGGAUCCAUUCGUCAGGGCCCCCUUCCACCCCAGAUGCCAACAGGGAAAGCCUUGAUAUCUGGACCCCCCUUCCCUCUCCCCAAAUUCAAAAUCUGGCCCCACACCAAAUGCCAAAGCUGGCCUCCAUCUAGUGCCUACACGUAAGGGGGAGGUUAUCAGCGGAAGUCUGUCCCUGGCCAGCCCUGCUCUUUCCCCCUGUGGAGGGCAUAACCCAGUCCCAGCAGCCCUCUUGUAAGUGUGCAAUCUAGAUUAAUCUGGCUCCCUCUGUUGAGGAUGUAAUAGGUAGACUGACUGUUUUUCUGUGCAAUUGCAGUAUUAAUCAUGACUCGCUCCACCUUGCCCAUAUUCAACUUGUUUUUUUACACUCUCGUUCUACCUCAGCUUUCUGAUUUGCCUUCAGAUGAAACACUGGUAGAUUGCGGCACUUCAUUUGCAUUUCAUGAGGAUUUCCAGGACACAUCAAACUGCUAAAACUAUAUUGAAAAUAAAGAUUGUCCAGGAUCGCUUCACUUUAAAAGUACUAAUGGCAAUCUACAUUUUCUGAAUUUGAGAAAUCUCCCGUGUAAAAGGAAAAGAAGAACAAAGGAUUUUGUUUUAUUUGUUAAAGGUUUGUGUUUGUAUACUUACUGUGUAUAUAUAUAUUUUUUACAUUGUUUUCAACACCAUGUUAAUAAUAUACUAAUGUUGUGUAAAUCACAUUGGGUUUAUAUGGUUCGACUUGAUAUACUAUGGUAGUUCUAAAUUACAUCAGUUGAGUAUUUGCCUGAUGAGCUGGUGACAUUUGACCUCUGUCAAACGUGUAUAUUCUCCCUCUAUUACUCCAUACUUUUUAACUGUUGUUUUACGCAGUUUCCUUCUUCACAGGUCAACAAGUCUUUAAAUGUUUUAUAAAAAGACCUGUUGUCAACAGCAAGAGGAAAGGCUUAUCGUGAAGGAUACUUAGCUUUGGUCCAUAACCAUAGCAGGAGUCUCUAUUCUGUAUUUGAAUGUCUUGGUAAGUUACUAUGGAUCAAAAUGUACUCUAACAUACAGUAAUGUUAUAUGGAGGCCAACAGACAGCAGCUUGACACUGAGUAUUCCAAACAUUAGGAACACCUUCCUAAUAUUGAGUUGCAACUUUCUAGUUUUCCCUGUUAACACAAUCACCGUUACCCUUUACUGUGGGAAUUGUGAUCAAAUCAACACAAUAUUAGCAACUUUCAAUGCAACAUCUCGAAACAAAACAAAAUAUGCAAGACUUAGUAUGCAAAACUAACUUUACAAGAGAUUUUGUUUGUUGGCAGAACGCAUCAGAGCAGGAUUCUAUUCCAUUGACAGGCACGACUCGGGCACAUACUCUACAUAGACCGGUGCGGCAUAACCAAUCAAAGCUGCAGUAGGCCUAUAUGCAAAUAGACCAUUGCCAUAUGUAUCUGUGCCAUUCCUUUGAACUGGACUGUGUUUACAGCAUCAGCGGUCAUGGGUAGAUGCACUUGUUUUGAUAUCAAA